GUGAGAACCUGGCUCGUAUAGCGCAGGUUCAUGCUAUAUACCUACAGCCUAGAGUAUUCAUAUAAUCUCUAGUUAGGGGCACAGAUCCAUAGUGUCACAAUCCUUUCAGGGAUCUUAGUUAAAUUCAACGCGGAAUAGAAUCCCUUGAUUCCGCUCACAUGGAUCUCUUCAGUUUAUUCCUUUUGGGAAACCCUACUCUCACUCAAUAAGAAGGGUUGAGUCGGUGUUACCAUUGUAUCGGUAGGUAUGUAUGGGGCAGCGGUGCCUCCACCUGUCUCCUCCAGUAUGCAUCCCUCCAUGGAAUACAACAUGACGGUCCCGGUCGCAAUGCCGCAGUUCGACUACGGUGUGGUUAAUGGGCCCUCAAUGGAUAUGGUUAUGAUGGGAGGGAACCAUUCAGCCCCGCCUCUACCUCUUGUUCAUCCAUCUCAAUCCUACCUACCUAACACACAGGGAUACAAUCAGUACUCUGUUACAAGUCAGACCUAUGCCCCUACUCCUCUUACUAGCACCUACACCCCUUCCUACUCUGCUCACCCUAAUCCGGGAUACAUGUCGAUGUCCCAGCAAAUGCCGGCUUAUGAUCAAAUGUCUAUGAUGAAUACUUCACCCUACAUAUCUACCAUGCAACCGCAACCUCAUCAGGUUAUGCAACAUCAGCAAAUGGGUCAACAGCAAAACCUACAGCAGCAGUCAAUGCAGCAACCACAAUCCAGCCUUCCCCCCUCACUUCCACAGCAGGGUAUUCAACAGCUCCCCAACAACCAGAUGAUCGUUAACACGCACCAACAGCAAUACGAUGCACAACAGCAGAUGCAGCUUCAACAUAUUACGGGACAACAGUUGCCUUCACAGCAACAGCUGGCUCCUCAACAACUCUCACAAUCGAUGCCACCUCAACAGCCACCACAGCAGCAGCAGCAACCGCUUGCAGGAUCCGGAGGCGCUGGAACCCCGGAUGGAGGGGGACAGGCCCCGGACGGAGGAUUAACUCAUGAUCAGCUGAAGCAAAUGUUACAGAAUCAGCUUGAAUAUUACUUCUCAAGGUAAUACUAUAUGUCUCUGGGUU